UGUGACAGGUGUGACUGUCUGUCAGAUGUUUUAAUUUGCUUACUCGCUCUGAUUUUUAUACCUUUGUGAAUGUUUUUGUUGAUCGAAAAUAUUAUUUAUAUUCAAUUUAUUAAUUGAAAUGGGUACAUCAGAAGAGCUCAUGUUAUUACUAAAUGAUAAAAUAACCUUAGGGGAAAAUCUUGUAGUUAAAUUGGACCCAUUAAAUGAAAUAGAUGGAGUUACGAAAUUGCAAAGGAAAAUUAGGCAAGAAAUAGAAUUCUUACGGAAGUUAAAAAAAUCUAAGAAUGUGAAAAUUGAACAAUUAUCAUGUUCGAAUCUCCGGCAUCUUGGCGCGAUGGUUGAAUUGAGUCUAAGGCCUGGAGUUAUUGCAGUGUGUAAAAUUUUUCACAUUAAUGACUCGUCAAAGUUAGUAAUUGAUAUAAUUAGUGAGGAAGGAAGAGUUUGGACAAAAGUUAUUGCUAGGAACCCUAAAUCUCUUUCUGCCUUAAGUGCAGGCAAAGCUUCAUAUGGAGCUCGCUCAAUAUUGGACCAAGCUGAAGAUUAUCUGGAAUGUGCUAAGCUUUACCCAUGCAUGUAUAAACCUCCUAAGGUUAUUUUUGAAUUUAUGAGUGGUAUAGAAGAAAAUUUGGCAAAUAAAUUAAAAUCUGUUGGUGUGACUGUAAAAGGAGAAAUAUUGCCCAAUUCAAAUCUAUCUGAAGAUAAUAAUGAUUCAUGGGGUGAAGAAUCUAGUGAUGAUGAGUGUCAAGAACAUAGUGAAGGACCCUCAUUGAACUCAAUGCCAGAAUGUAUGGAUGAGCAUCCAGAAAUUAAGACUCUCAACUUGGAUGUAACGGCAAUGAUGGCAUAUGUGAGCAAUAUGACAAAUGGUCACUGUAAUUACAUGUUUAAACAGGAAGUACUCACUCAGCAGGCAGCUUGGGAAGUUCAGAGACCAGUGAAACCUAUUUUAGAAAGAUUAUUUAAAGACAAGACAUUAGUGUGCUGCAAAACAGCUUGGGAUGAUUUUGAAAAAAUUGUAACCACUCUUGGUGGACCUAUGGAGAUCAAAAGAACACAAGAAUUGAAAAAUGUUGUCAAAGUAUAUCCUGAUGACUAUGGUGGUGAAGAUGAUUAUCCAAGAAAGAAUUUAAAAGUUAGAGGGCAUGUUCGAUUAAGAUCCAAAAUUAUUUUUAAUUUUGGACAUAGGAUCAAAGCCCUUACUGUUUCAGCCAAUGAAGGAUUUGUUAGGGCUGCUAUGCAACAGGGCAUAACAUAUGCAUCAUUUGUUCAUGAAUCAAGAGCUUUGACUGAGGGCAAAGAGCCAACAGCCACAAAAAUCUCAUUAUGAUAUUUCAUAAUCAUUAUUAGUGCAGUAUUGAAUAAUUUUAUGAAAAGAACAUCUACAAGUCAAUUAUUAAUACCUUUAAAAUUAUUAUAAACCUGUCAAAAAACCAAUGUUUAUAAAAAUUAAUUAUCGUCCAUUAGUUAUAGAUCUAUGAGACAAAUGAUUUAAACUGUCAAACACCAAGCAGUCACCGGUGACCGCAACCUAUUGUUCUAUAAUUGUGUCUACAAAACCGGUACUCGACGAGUUAAUAAAUGGGUAAUGCAAUUUAUGUUUGUCUUGAUCUCAAUGUUGCAAUUUAAAACAAAACCAUUGGUUUAUUUCACCACUGUGUUAGUAAGAUCCCUAGCAUUUCACAUAGUAACUGGGGAUGUGGUGAAAUGUGCCUUAAAUCUAACAAAUUUUGACUCAGAUAUUGUUACAAGAUUGUAGUAAUCAUAAUAUAUAUUAAACAGAUUUUUAAAUCUUUGUGUAAGUAUGUUCAUCCCUUGAUGUUUUGAUUUGUAUAAAAUGGUAAUUAUGUCUAUGUAAACCGUCAAUAUGUGAUCAGAAAUCAGUAUAUUUAAAUAAAUAA